AUGUUUACCAGCUCUCUUUCACCUCUUCUAGUCCCGCCCGUCAUCUUUGUUGGGCUUCUGGUUACUCUCUGGACAUGGAAAUGUUUCUGGAUCAUCGUGAUGCAAAACAAACUAUUAUACCUGUCCUGGCUACCACCAUUCUCCAGAUCGGAGCAGAUAUCGGAGUACAAGCGUGAAUGCAAGCCUGUUCAAUGGGAAGAAAAGCAACUUCGAAGUCUCGACGGAACAAAAUUAGCCAUCUGCGAGGGCUAUCUCCCCUCCGACAGUCCAAACCAAGUGGACGCAAAGAAAGCAAAAAAUGUUGUUAUUAUUUGUUAUUUUCAGGGCAAUGGCGGGUCAUUACCGCUCCGGUUACCGCUCCUAUCACAGUUCUUGAGUUCUAUCUCGAAAUCCAAGACUGCGCAGCCAGGACUCAAUGAUACACGCUAUAUUGUCGUGGCCUUGUCAUACCGAGGCUACUGGACAUCAUCAGGGACUGCAACGCAAUCGGGCAUUGAGCAGGAUUCCCUGGCGUUUCUCCACUGGGUAUCGACUACUUAUUCCUCACCGGAUACGAACUGUCAGAUGUUUCUGUGGGGUCAUAGCCUUGGUGCGGCUGUUGCAUCGUCCGCAAUGUCCAAAUAUCUUACCCGUGCAGAAGAUCCACUGGCCACAGGGGAUGGUCCUCUUAUUCCCAUAUCUGGGCUGGUCAUGGAGGCCCCGAUCUCCAAUAUCAAAGAUAUGCUAAUUGCCUUGUAUCCUCAAAAAUGGCUUCCAUAUCGAUACCUUUGGCCUUUCUCAUGGAAUACAUGGUGCACCUCAGCCUCUCUCGAGCAACUGGCUGGGUUGCGCCAUCGCGAUGCCAACCAACACAAAAAUCCCGCGAAUACCCCGCGUGAAGAUCGGAAUCGCUCCGUGCCCCCGAUACUCAUCUUGGCCGCCGAAAAGGAUGAAGUUAUCCCACCUCAAGUGGCAGGACAACUCGAACGGAGAGGCCAAGAAUUAGGACUGGAAAUUACGAGAAAGGAUGUCAUGGGAGCCAUGCACACCGAAUGUCCAAUGAAGAGUGAUGGAAGGGAGACACUGAUUAGGUUUAUUCUUGCGCAUACACGCGAUCUACGGUGA